CAGAAUGGAUAACCAGGCGGAAGUUGUGUCAUGAAGUCGCUGCCACUCAGAAAGUGCCCCAAAUGUCCACGCGGGUUAGAUUUAUUCUUAAAAGAACGAGCUUUUUAACUGUUUUUGUCACUCCUUUUAGGUAGUAGUGAUCGCCUACAAAGUAAAAGCUCAACUUCCCGUAGGUAAGUUGAAAGGAUUUUCCGGCCCUCCCUUUGCAGCUGACUGGGUCUUUAUUCUGGAUUCAAGCAACAUGCAGACUGGAACACAAAGAGGUCCUGCACACCAGAUCCCCACCAUGUGUGAAGACUCCAAUUUAAAUUCUGGUGCAGGCCUGUCCAGCGAGCUGUUUGAGUCCUUGAAGGUGUACCUGAACAACAGCAAACGGCUGCAGCCCAUUAUCGGGCUACGUAGCAUCACGGAAUGCGUGAAAGCAGGCUCGCGUGGGGGUGGCGAGCCCGUGUACCUCUGCGAGGUGUGCGCGUGUCGGCUGAGCAAAGGCGACAUGCGCAACCACAUCAUGGGCAGCAUCCAUCGCUACAAUUACAAGAGAGCCCGACAUCCCCAGCUGCUGUCGGGUGUGAAGCAGAGCGACGCUGACAUGUCGCUGCUGGCCUGGCCCCUGAUGGACAUCGCCAGGAUGCUGGAGGACCAGGAGGGACCCGGGGACAUCAUGUUGCUUGAAGUCGAGGAUGCCACAUUUGAGAUGCUGAAGGGCGCCAGUGACAGCGAUGCAAUCAAUUUGAGUAAGCUUCUCCUGUACGGACCUGCCGAGCCGGAGAGCCUCUCAAACGACAAGCGUGAUGAAGAGGAGAGGGUGGUCACCAUUCGCCACAACGAGGAGCAGUUGGCAGAUGGUGCUGGUUCUUCUUGGGCCGAAGAAACCACUCCGAGUUUUGGCCACAUCUUGCGUGAUCGCUACAAAGGGAAGAAACCUCUCAUUGGUCUUUUCAGGGUAACCGAGUGCGUCUGCCAGGAGGACCGUCGCACGUACUGCUUCCUGUGCCACUGCUGCCGGACUCGGGUCCACUCGCGGGUCUUCAUCCACCACGUCAGCAGCUCGAGUCACGCGCGCAGCUACCUGAUGGAAACGCGCCGAAAGCUGAUGGACGCGGCAGGACCGAACGUCGCCGACCACACUCGACUGAUUGACUCGCUGGCCGAGAGGGUGGAGCGCGAAGAGGGACGAGGAGACAUGGAAGUGGUCGAAGCACCGCAGUUUCUCUGCGGGAAACUCGCCAGCAAAGGUUACAAGUGGUGCGUCAACAGGCUUUGGAACAGGAGCUACCCAACUGGACGCAAGUGGAGCAAAGCCAAGUCAGGAGGCCCCAAAGUCAAGAGCGUCGGAGGUAAAAAUCAGGUGCUGUUCAAGGUAACGCUUCCGCUCACUGAAGGUCGGCUGCUGCUAGAGAGAACGUCCUUCAGGCAGGAAAGUCCACCCCGGGACCACCUGAACCCAGACUUAGACUCUGAGCUCGCUGACCCGGUCGCGGAGGACUUUGGUGUCUCUCACCAGUUUGAUCCGCCCAUCAACCAUCCAAGUCCCGAAUGGCAAACCGAGGCCCCCGUUGCACGAGAGUGGUUCAAUUCUGACUACGCACAGUGGCACGAUUGGUCGCUGGCUCAAAAGCAAGAAAACCAACCCCAGGCUUAUCCGCCGCCAGUUGCUACGAAUGCUGGAGGGUAUCGUGCACCUCCAACGGAAUUCCAAAGCAUUCCCGUGGUCCAGACGCCAUCUUGGACGCAACCGUAUUUGGUGGGUUCGGGCGGUUUUCCUGGGUACCGAGGCUACGGGGUUCCCCUACGGUUGCAUCCCCCACCCUAUGUCAUUCCACCUUCUUUCUAUCCCACUCCACCCGCCCUGCCUGAACCAUUUUAAAUGUCCAGAAAUGAUCAAGAAUGCAGUCGGUUAAAGAGUACACACGUUUGAUGUAUGUUUGCAAAGAUGCAAACACUUUUUUUUUUGUCACCUGGUGUGAGUAAAAUCAGUAUACAAAGUUUUCAAAAGGAUUGUAAUUUUUUUAUAAACCUAGAAAUGUGAAGUUGA